AGGUGCCAAGUCCCUCAGCGCGUGCAUCCCCAGUCUAAACCAUGGAAGACGACGCUCCCACCACUGAAGUUGCUGAGCCUGUCGUGACGGAGGCCACGCCCGCUGAGGAGGAGCCGGUGGCUGCUGCUCCCGCUGAGGAGGCGGCUCCAGCUGCCCAGGAGGAACAUGCAGCUCCAGAGGAGAGUAAAGAGGCGGAAUCUAAGGAGGAGGAGGCCAAACCCGAAGCAGAUAGCAAGGAGGAGUCAGCACAGGAGGCUCCAGCAGCCAAACACGACGAGGAUGAGGCGAAAGAGGCCGAACCUGUGGGCGAGAGCGUCCAGGACAAAGUGGAAGUGCAGGCUUUACCCAUUCGCGCAUAUUUGGACCAAACCGUGGUGCCAAUUCUACUCCAGGGCAUGUCAGCGCUUGUGAAGGAGCGUCCACCCAAUCCGAUCGAGUGGUUGGCUGCUUACCUCCUUAAGAAUAACCCGCAAGGCUCCAGUGGCGGCGAAGCGAAGUAAUUAGAUGACAGCCAGGCCUUGCCACUUUUAACUGCCCCAUAUUUGCUUCUCAAAAUACACCAAAAACUUAUCGUAAAAAUCAGUGGACUCGUGGAUAUUUGACUUGAGAAUUUCACUUCUACUAAAGCAGAUUGGGUGCAGACGAGUAUCUUCAAGUGCUUCACUCUCAUUGUUCUGUAGCUAGCUAGUUGUCGC